UACCAUGGAGGUUAACUUUUCUGUUAUAUACACUCCUGCGGAUAAAUUCCGAAAUAAAUAUACAAUGAAACCUUUCAUCAAGGGUAUUAAAAGCUCUUCGAGGUAAUUAAGCUUUCUUUGAAAUCGUUCUCGAGAGUGUGGAUAAUUAAACGAAUACAAGUAAUGUAUUUUACAGAUGCAGAACCAACUGAAAUCUUCAAGAAUUGUGCAAAUAUUCUGUUAUGCUGCGUAUGAAGAUUAAAAUGUAAUGAAAGUUUUGCAAUAAAAACUCUAAUGCAAUUUAUUUUGAACAAGUUAAAGUUAACAAACUAACUGGAUAUACCAGGUGCCUAUAUGGUCUGUUCGUCAAAUGUGUGCGCAUUUUUGUGGAUGUGGAUGUGUUGCGUCGGAAUGGAUGCAAUUAAAAUGUAAUUAAGUGAUUUCAAGAAAAAUAUGGAUAUUCGAUUAGGGAUCCCCUUACUGAACCCGCGGGAUGAACAACUUCAAGAUCAUGACAUGUGAAUGCAAGAAAAACACAUACUCACAGCUGAGACAAAUUACAUGCCAGAAUCGGUGAUCAAAACUUCAUUGUAGAUAGGUUUGUUUGUUAUGUUUUCGUUCCUAGGAAACAUAUAUUCUUUGUAAGAACAUAUGAUCUUCACAAAGUAUCUCCAUUUCUUAUCUGGAUGUAUGAUGAGGUAGCGGUUCAGUCAGAGAGCAUGUUUCUACAAAAAAAUCGUAUAGAUCAUUGCGAGGCUUGACGGACAGUGACGCGUGAAUACUCUUCAUUUGAAGAUUUAGAGAGUGAUAACACUCCUCCCGUCCUUGAUAUGGGCGUUUGAUGUACGGAAAAAUGCAAUUAGUGCUUACCUAUGUAAAACUGGAAUAAGCAGAGACUUAAAUGUAAUUUGUUUUUGUUGAUUUAUAUUGAAAUAAAAGGGAUUUGCUGUUUAAUACUUACACAGGUAUAUACAAAACAAAAUAACAGAAACUUUGAUGUCAGAAGUGUAUGAAAUAUCCACGAAUUUCUCAAAAGAUGUGCGAAUGAACGUUUCUUGGCAGUGAAACUAAAAGUUUAAGUGGAAAUAUUCAUGUGGAGAUAUAUCUUGAACUAAUAUAAAUAAAGAGUUAUAAAACUGAAGCAAGCUGUUAAAUCGGAUCGUCGACAGCAUCCAAGACAUCAAAAAAAGAAUUUGCGUAAUUCAAUGUCUCGUGGGUGUCAAAAACAUUUGUGGAUAUAUAAUUUUCUUCCGUUCUCAACCAGUGCAUGAUGAAUUUGGUUGACAUUCGUUAUAUAGAGUUUGUGACCUAUAUCCAGUACUCAAAGUAUUUCCAAAAGUGCUACCAUGGCGACAACUGAAGACUACCUCUUCAACAAUAAUGAAGACCAAGUUUUUGACAUCAGCGUUCUGCUAAACCUAUCUAAAUCUGACAUCGAUACAAUCCUCAGUGAAAACGGGUCAAAAGUCGACGAUGGAGGAUCAGUUCCCAAGGACACAAGCAACGUUGACGUCCAUGCGUGGCUGUUUGCGUUGAACGUUGUAUCUGGAUGUGGCGUUCUCACGAAUACGUUGUUUACGCUACUAAUCAUCGUUGACUUUAUCGUGGACAAAUCGCGUCUGGUGCUAACACGGCAUUGGUUGCUCUUGAAUAUGUCAUUGACAACAGUAGCCUAUUUGGGAAUUGGAAUAUAUCUUCGUGAGUUUGGUCCCGCCUUUUCCGAGGAAGACCGACCGUGUAUUGUAUUGCAGCAUACGGAGAAAACAAUUGAAUUCGUUAUGAUUUUGUACUUGCUCGUUAUCGCGAUAAACAUUUUAUGCUGCGUUGUUCGACCGAGUUCGCCUUGUGGAAAGAGAAACAUACUUUUCUGGAUAGUUUUCAUUCUCUUCGUCAUGGUUUGUGCAAAUCUCGCUGUGAUGGCGCUGUAUACGAUCAAACUCGAUUCCGCGCGAUUCCACGACGGCGAGCGCUCGUGCGUGAUAGACACCACUCUAUUGCUCUCGUCACGUGACAUUCAGCUGACGUCGAUUACAACGUUCUACGUGCCAUAUGGAAUAGUUCUCAUAGUGGCGCUGACAACUCUCGUCUGUUUAUUCAUUCAGCAGACGAGAUUAGCGCGGGCUUCCCCAGAUGUUAAUGACGAAAGCCGUGCCAAGAAAUUCGCUGCCAUAUUUUUGUUUAUUACAACAACCACAGGAUUUCUACUAAUGUUACCCUUUUUCGUCUUCCAAAUACCCGAAAUUUUAGUCAUUUUUGUGAUGGGGCUGAAAAUUAAUUUUCACCCUAUUUAUUUCAUGAGCGUGAUUUUGAAGUUAUUGUUUUACAUGAUUUUACCAAUUCUGUGUUUUAUACUUCAAGAAGUGAGGGAAAUAUAUCAUAAGAUUAUCAGAUGAUACUUCCAUCGAAACGAAUCUAACAUUUGCAUUACAGAAUGUGUUAUCUGUCAGUAAACGUGUAAAAUUCUUGUUGGAUUUUUAUCAUUUAUUAUGUUUUCAUCUGCAACAGCAACAUAAUCAUCUUU